AUGAACAACAACAAUAAUGUGGACGCCAAAGGCUGGGAUUACGAACACAAGUUGGCAUAUCAGUACGAACGCGAGAUAAAGGACUGCUACGAGAGGGCACUGGAUGCGUUGCGCGAAGCCAGGGAUCACUUUGCGUCAGCCAAGGUGCUCGGAGUGCGACCCGACUGCGGAUUCGAGGACGGGGAGUGCAUCGAUAAUCUCCAGCGAUGCAUCGAGUACGGUCGGACGAUGACGUGGCGUUCCCGUUCGAGCACCAACGCCAAAAGCUCGCCGCUGCGCUGA